AUGUUAGACAAAGUCACAAACUGGCCCGGCGACCACGGUCUCAAUUUUCAAGCUGCAGUGCUCCGCCAACUUAGCGGAGCAAAGCCGGUAUCAGGAAGCCGCUUGUUAUUCGCUUGUGCGGGCGAAGCCGUUGAUACACGAUUUACGCCGAUGAGCGGUUCAAUAUGGAAGACGCUGCUUAAAUUUGUGAGCCGGUUUUACCAGCGAGCCGUUCCUGGGCCACGAGCCUUUCCUGAGGCGCGAGCCGUUCCUGAGGCAGCCACCCACCAAAUUGACUUAGCGAAUUUGACGCGUCGGUACCACGCCAUCCUUUCUCCCCGCUGUGCCGCCCGCCCGUCCCGUCUCUGCCGCUGCCCGUGGUGCCCGUCUCUUAUCUCUACCAAUCCCGACUGCGUCGUGCCACCCCUCCAGGCCUACUUCAAGCCAUGCCUUCUCCACGCAAGAGGCCGAGUGUUAUGGAAGCCGGGCGCGGACGCCAACCCCAACCCCCCCCAGCAGAGCACCAGUACCAGCACGGGUACCAGUACCAGUACCAGCACCAGUACCAGUACCAGCACCAGUACCAGCGCCAACGCCAACGCCAACGCCAACGCCAACGCCAACGCCACCAAUCCUACCGAGAGAGAGAAGACCCUUUGGGGCAAAACCUCGAUGGACGUUCGCCGCGUUACCAAACGCCGCCGUAGACCCGAGCCCGAGCCAGAACAACCGGGUUCGAAUGAUGACGCAGUGGCGGCCGAGAUGGCUAAGGACGACGCCAACGAGCGUAAGCUCACAGACAACAUUAAGAGUAUUUACGGCGACGAUGUGGACCCUUUCGGCUUGGAGUGGCAGGAGGCCCGUACGCGGUUCAUGAACGACCAGAAAAACUACAAGUUCCGCAAACUACUUACAACCCAUGCCGAGCACCCUGAGUAUACAAACAUACUCAAUGUGGAGCUGCCAGUCCCUCGGGACUACCUUAAGCGGAUGACGGAUGCGGCCUGGGCGGAGGAGAGCUUCUUUAAAGUGUGGACAUAUAUGGAGGGGCGGCUGGACUUCAAGCGGUCUUCUAAACUGGGACAGUACUAUAUACGCAAGUAUAGGAGUCUCAACGAGACUCACUUUGCGUGGGUCUUCGAGCGGCAGCGCCGCCAGAAGAAGCAGAAGAAGAACUCCUCUGCGACGACCAAGGCCAACCUCGAACGAUUUGUGAUUGACGAGGCGCCGCCGUCGGACAGGGAGGAUGGAAGCAGUUGCGAUCGUGGUAAUAGCCCGGGCACAGGCACCUUCCAGUCAAUAAGCCUUUACAACAACUCAAGAAUUUUCAACCACUCCACCUCCCGCCUCCCAUCUCCCACUUUCUCUCGCAAGUCGCGUCGUUAUCCCUCGUCGUAUGAUGUCCUGAUUCUUCAUGAAGCUCAGAGACGCCACGCUGCUUUACAGCAUCGUGCGAAGAAGGCGAUUGAUGAGAGUGUCGUCGUCGACUGCAGAAGCGCGAAGCUGCAAAGCGCCAGCGCCUUGACUCGACCGACCGGGAACGUGGCUCUUCGCCUCAGCGUCCUCGAUUUCGACGACUUCGAGCUUGCCCGAGCCUUGAUCGAUGUAGUGAACGAAGCAGACCACGUCGUCUAUCCCAACCCCGAGACCGAGGAGUAUCAACUUGCAGACGACGGUCCGCUCCAGCAAGAGCUGCAGAAACUGGCCGAGUACCAGUAUGCCGCUGAUACCAUCGAGAGCCACGACGAUGAAGCGGAAGGCAUCUCCGCCGCCGAUGAACAUGAAGAGGAGGUGCUAGAUACCAUCGCGGUUGCCGCACCCUGGGACACCACCGGUCAAUACCAAACCUCCGAGCCCGAAGACCCGUUCGCAGCCUCGCAACCAGUUGAGCAACACCGUAAAGCACACGACCUGUCGGAGUUUGCCUUGGGUUUAGGCCUGUAUUGCAUCAUUCACAGUGUAUCCCGCAAGCAAUACUCGACUCUCCUUCAACUUCUCAAACUGCUUGGUCAUUCCGAUAAGAUCAGUCAGUUGCCCGAUAGCCUUGACACUCUGAAGCGCCACGUCCGGGAAUCGAUACCGCGUAUCGACAUGGGUGUGGUCAAAGACCUGCCGCUGAACCCUAAGAAAGACCUCUUCUUCUUGAACCCUGUGGACCUCCUUCGCCGCAUUCUUAGCUCCCGCAUCUCCAGCACAUUACACUUCGGUAUGGCUCAACUUGUGGAUAACCCGUCGGAGGCGUGGCAUUCGAUGCAAUGGGCCGGCUCGGUACGCACCACCAGCGGCGAAUUCGCAUACUAUCCGCCCUUCCCUUCCAUGGAACCCAUCUUCCUUGGCGACAUUAUCGCAUACCAAUGCGCGUUCCCAGCCUGUACCGGCUGCCAUGAAAAGGUCGCUACAAAUGUCAGGGUCGCCACGAAAGUCCAUCUCGGACAGAUCCAGGCAAUGUUCCGCGAUCAUCGCGAUAGUUCCCGUCAUCUCGGCAACUUCAUCGGCGACCCCAGCACCGGGGCUGAGAAGAACACGAAAGGCGAUGUUGUCCUGGUUAUCUCACGGAUAUGUUCUGGCAAGUUCAUCAAUCGACAGUUCGUCCAGAAGGGCAAGGCGAUCAAGAUCAACCCAGCCGAAGAUACACUAGAUGACGACGAGCUGGUCCUUUGCAUGAGCCCAAUGGAGCUUAUUUCACCAGCCAUGGUCACCGGCCGUCGCGACAACAUCCGCUUCGACUAUGCGUUUGGCAGCAAAGUGCGGUUCCCGGGUGAUCCAAUCGCUAGACGUGAACAACCAUUGAUCACCCGCAUAUUCGACCGGGAGCAUAUGGCGCUGGUGCCACCCUGCCUAGUCUCUCUGGUCCCUGGUGCCCUUGAAGUCGAUGAGUUUGGCCGCGACUGGCUGGUCAAGACGUUCGCUCAAGGUGCAGAGGGUCGUGUCCGGUGUCUCCCGUGCCUGAACUUCAACGAUGGCUUUGGCCUGUAUCGCACUAUGACCAAGUCCAUCAUGGGCUGCUAUCUUCAGAUCGCCGCUAUGCCGAGAAGCGAACACACCCGCCAGAUCAACGUCCUACCGGUUACACUGGGACCACAUGGUGCCAAUAUGCACGAUGUCAUGAAGGCCUUGGCGCCGCUGAGAGCUCUCGACCGUGGUAUUGCUGUCGAUAUCAAUGGGGAGCGCACUAUGCUGUGCGCAUCCAUCUUCGCCCUGACCGGCGACAUGCCACAGCAACAACAGAACUCAGGGUGUCUAAGUGUCGCGGCCAAUCUUAGUUGCCGAUCGUGUCUCGUCACUUCCAACAACCGUGAUGACCUCGACGUCGACGUGAUAGGCAAUGCCCGUGGCCAUAUGGAGAUGGUUCGCCUUCGUCGUUGGAUGGAUGAGGAACUGCACCAAAAGUACAAGAAGGAGGCGUUUUCGACCAAGCACGGUAUAUCUCUUGAGGCGCCUGCAGUCAUGUAUGUCGCCCCAGCACUGGAUCUUAUCGGUGGUCGCCCCAGUGAUGCCGCACAUUCGGAGUUCAAUGGUAUCACCAAGAUGAUACACCAGCUUCUCCUUGACGCACGCAGUCCACUGACCAAUCGACCCGUGCUGCUCGUCGUCGUGGACGCGGUACUGCGGCAAACUCGCGCGCAGCUUCUGUGGGCCCCCGCCGUGGCUGGCGGGAUAUCAACACCAGCAGCAGCAGCCGCCAUGGCCAACACUAUGGCUACGAUGGAGAUCGAGGAGGACGAUGCUGUCGACAAUGAUGUCAACAUCGACCAGCAUACCGUCGCCCAAAAAGCCCACAAGUAUCGACAGUGGAGCGCUCGCCCGAAUGUGCAUAUCGGCCUGCACUACAUCGACGUGUAUCGCCGGUAUGGAUUGGUUUCGCUGUUGAUGGUCUUGCCAGGAGAGAUGAAGCAUAAGCUAUGGAAGAACCUUGUGGUUACGAUGAACCACCGCAACCCCGAGAAGGACUGCCUGUCGUACGAGAAUAUGAUGCAGACUGUGCGCCUUAUCUUGCUGGAUGGCUUCCAGGACGAGCCGGAUAUAACCAAGAAACUGAAGAAUCUUGCAGCAUCGGUACCGACGUUGUUCUCUUCAUUGCUCCCGCACGACGAGCUUGCCCGAGAUGAUGCAGAGGACGAAGAUGACUCGUCCAUCACACUCAGGAUCGUUACCGACGGGUCUCAUCCAGCGGCGACUGUAUUGAUAGCGGUCAAAGCCAGGGUAUACAAGGCGAUGGGUUUCCCCACUCGCGAGGCUGAAUUCCAGCCGGUCUUUGCUCGGCAGGUUCAGGAUGCAUACCGGGCUGACUAUGGUAGGAACAUCAUCAUGAGUACCAAUUUACGGGUACGCUGGUGGAAAAAGGUCUCCUUCGCAGACAGCAACAACCCGACUGGGGCUCGGCGUCUCGUUUGUCAGCGAGGGCAGUACGUAGCUUUCCGGAUAGCUGGCGACAUCGGCCGGCUGGACCACAUCAUGACGCAUGAACCCAUUGCAGGCACAACUUAUGUCUUCCUCAUCGUUACUCCACUCCGCAAGAUAGAGGCCUCGGAGCCUCUCACGGGCCUUCCCUUGAUGCAGAUUGCUCAGCCCGGCCAACAUAUCGGCAUGGCACAGGAAGAUGAUCGCUGUUGCCAGCUGAUUGUCGGUUUACCCGCUCUCCAUCGCAGCCGGUUGUACAUGGUGCCAUUCACCACCGAGGCAGGAGAGGAUGGUCGGCGCUUGGUGACCAACAUCAACCACGACCUCACUGACGACACCCAGCUUCUCUGUGUCAACUGGCGAGUGCAGUUCACUUGA